AUGUCUCUACAAGGCUCGCUCCGAGCCUCGCAGCUCGUCACGCGCGCCGCUGCCACCGCCCGCCCGACCACCCUACGUCUCGUCCCCUGCGCCGCCGCCCUCCGGGGCAUUAUGCCGCACACGGAGAACCCGGCCAAGCCCGACGCGGCCAAGACGGAGCCCUCGUACGGCGUCGUCGACCUCUCGGAAAACGAGUACCACGAGCUGGCCGACGCCUAUCUCGACACCGUCGCGGCCAAGUUUGAGCAUCUGCAAGACACCAGGGAAGACAUUGACAUUGAGUUUUCGGCCGGCGUAAUGACCAUCACGGUAGCGGACAAGGGCACCUACGUCAUCAACAAGCAGCCCCCCAACAAGCAAAUCUGGCUCUCGUCGCCCAUCUCGGGCCCCAAGCGCUACGACUGGUGCAUCAUCGGCGAGAGCCAGGGCGAAAAGGAAGGCACCGGCUCCGGCAACUGGAUCUACACGCGCGAGGGCAAGAGCCUCAACCAGCUCAUAUUCAAGGAGCUCGAGGUCGCCAUUGAGGAGCCGGCGGAAGGUCUAGCCAAGGCAGCAAUGGGAGCAAGUCUUGGUGGUGGUCAAGAUUCUGUAGUUUAG